UCUCAUCACCGAGCUGCGGCUCCCCGCCGCGCUGCUUUCCCUGCGGGGCGGGGUGGCGCUCAGUCCGGCGCACUCUGCCGCCCUCAGCGCACCGUCUGUCCGCCUCUGUCUCGACACGACAUGGGUGUGGAGAAGGAAAAGCUGGACACCAGCAUAAUUAUGGACGAGGACGAGUACAACCUGUCCAUAGAGCCCAUUCUGAUGAAGAAAGGGAAGGUGUACUCGAAGGCGCCGGAUCGGGAUCCAAACGAGAUCAACACGCAUCUGAAGCAGGUGGGUUUCGAGGACGUGAUCGGCGAGCCGAGCUCCGCCCACAGCUUCGACAGAGUUUGGAUCGGGAGCCACGCCACCUUCGAGCUGGUCAAGUUCUUCUUCUACCGGCUGCUGACCACCCUGCUGGCCAUUCCCAUGGCCUUCACACUGGGGCUGCUCUUCGGAGUGCUGAGCUGCGUCCAUGUCUGGCUGGUGAUGCCAGUGGUCCAGAGCUUCAUGAUGCUCCUGCCUUCAGCGCAGAAGAUAUGGAGGAGUCUGACGGACAUUUUCAUAGCUCCGCUGUUCCAGAGUCUGGGGAAAUGUUUGUCCUCCAUUCAGAUUCAAACCCCAGAGAACUGAAGCAGACAUCUGCUUUAACUUUUCCCUGAGUUGUUGGAAAAAGUUACAAAAGGGCGAGGGAGACGUGAGCUCUUAAAAAGUUUAAUAUAAGAUACAGAAAGACGUGUGCAAAAUAAAAGACAAUCAUGGGGAAAAGGAAGGUUAGAGCAUGACCACAAAACCUCAUCUUGCUUUAGCAGACUCCUUUGUAGGAGAGAGAGAAGCUUCUGUAGCAUUUACUUGGGUUUUAUAACAAAUUGUUCUGGUUGUUGAUUCCUCUGAAGUGGAUUUGGGUGGAGUAUUGAUGACUAGCUAGUAAAGGAAUAUUUCCUGUUUUAAUGAAGAUUGUCUCAUAUAGUUGCUGUCAUCAUGUGACUUUGUUAGCGGCGGUCCCGAGCCUCAGACAUGAAGUCGUGUGCUUUAGGCUGCAGGUUGGUGCUAAAUUUGAGUCUUAUUUUGAAGUGAGGAAGGAAGUUGUUUUGGAGUUGGUUUUCUUGUUGCGUUGAUGGAGUUGACUGUUAAAGAUUGUUGAACUAACAACAUUCUGCUUCAGUAGUAGUAAAAAUAAAAAAAAAACAAGUUUCCACCAUCUUA